AUGGAGUUCCUAUUCUUCAACGACAUUUUCUUUAACGAUGACAUUUCAUCGUGGGAUGUUUCUUCUGUCACGGAUAUGACUGGAAUGUUUCAGGGUGCAUCAUCGUUCAAUCAAGACCUGUCAUCCUGGAAUGUUUCGGCUGUCACUCAGAUGGGGAGAAUGUUCAGCGGGGCAACGUCCUUCAACAAAGACUUGUCAUUGUGGAAUGUUUUGGCUGUCACAAAUAUGCGAUUUAUGUUCAACGAGGCAUCGUCGUUCAAUCAAGACCUGUCAUCAUGGGACGUUUCUUCUGCAACUGAUAUUGAAAGGAUGUUCUGGGGCGCAUCAUCCUUCAAUCAAGACUUGUGUUCUUGGGGAAUGAAAUUACCCGUUGGUGGAACUACUCAGUCCUUAUUCGACGAUUCCGGAUGUCAAUACAGAUCUAGUCCUAGUUUGGAAGAAGGUGGGCCAUUCUGUGCAUCCACGUGCGGCGUAAGCAGUGCGUCGACCACAUCUUGUUCCAUUUCAACUCUACUAUCCCUAUUCUUGGCAAGCUUGUUGAUAUGCUGA